GGCAAAGCCUCAUAAGCCCAAGACUUCAGGCGGUGGCGCAAAGGGUAUUGAAGAUGAGCAGUAGGCGGCGGGGACAGCCGAAGCACCAGAACAAGUACGCCUGGAAACCCAACGCCAGCCGUAAGAUCAACGAAACUGAGGUAGGAGGAAGGUUCAGGCCUUUAUCUGAAAUCACUGGGGUUUGCCCUCGCUGUAAAGAACAGAUCGACUGGAAACGCCGUUAUGGAAAGUACAAGCCCCUUGUCGAACCUGCCAAAUGCCAGAGAUGCUCUAAACGUGCUGUUCGUCAAGCUUACCAUAACCUGUGUUCUGGCUGUGCCAAGGAGCAUGGUGUUUGCGCAAAGUGUUGUUGCGCUGUAGAUCGAAUAGUUGGAAGGGAUCUUUCAGAUGUAGAAGCUGAGCAAAAACAGCUUGAGGAGGCUAUUAAGAAUUCUCGGGAGAGGGACAGAAGAACCCUAUUGCGUGCUAUGAACAGAGGCAAAUCCAAAUGUUCGGCAAAAACUCCUACAGAUACUAAAGAUAAUAAGGUUGGAGAUUUGUUUCCCAAUGCAUCUCUGGAGGAUUAUGCUAAACAGAACAGACCUAAUGGAGAUCAUGAUGGUGGUGAAAUUUAUGAUGAUAAAUAUGUUGAUAGUGAUGAUGAAGACGAUGACAGUGAAAACGAAGAUUGUGACGAAGAAGAUAAUGGUGAGAAUGAAGAAUGCGAUGAUGAAGAUAAUAACGAUGAUAACAGUGACAACGAAGAUUGUGAAGAUGACAAUGAAGAUGAUGACAACCAUGAGAAGCUUCGGAGUAAAUGAAUGCAAAGAAUGAGUGAUUGAGGAUGAGAUUUAUAUACAUUUCAGUUUUCCACAAAUCUCAUACAGGAUGCUUGACGUUGUUGCAGUUACUUUUGGUACGUCUAAAUCUAAAUUUUAGAUAGAAAAUUUAACAUGGUCGAGCGCAAAUUUUGGAAGAUAAAGUUUUGAUGUAUUCUCCAGAGACUGGGAGGAAAAUAUGAGUGCUGGACUAAUCCUAGGCGACGAGGACAAAUUUUUUAUUUAACGAAUAUUCCCAUGGAUGUUACUUCAUGGGAAAAGGAUCUCAUCCAUGCGGUGCUUGACCUAUAUUUGUGAUUUUGAUUGUUGAAUUUGAAAAUUCUAGUAU